GCUUCAAGCCGUCAAGAAGAUGAACAAGUGGUCCUUGUCAGAACAGAUCAAAGCGGAAGGGCAUGGCCUGUGACUGCACCAGCUGAACCACAGGAGCCAAAAGGAGGAUGGAGAAAGCGACAGAUGGUCUCUACUCAUAUAGAUAAAGAAAGAGUAAGGUAUUUUCAGGAUGAUGAUAGUAUGAACCUGAACGAUUUGGUCAAAAAUGAGAAGAUGAGAACAGCAGAGGAUCAAAACUCACUGUUCAUGCGUAUGGCGUCAAAGCUCAUGGAAAAAACUGACAGAGAGUACUACACUCUGGAUGACAUGUUUGUUUCCAAAGCAGCCAAAAGAGCACACAGUGGGGAAGAGGAAGAAAUACAAAGAAGAAAAGCAAUACGUGAGCACCAGCAGCUUGCUGCACGCAUGGAAAAGUGCCCAUACUGCUUUGAUAGCAGUGAACUUUCUAAACAUCUUAUUAUUGCAAUUGGCACUAAGGUAUACUUGUCUCUACCAAGCAACCAGUCCCUUACUGAAGGUCACUGCCUGAUAGCCCCUCUACAGCACCAUACUGCAGCCACUCUUUUGGAUGAAGACAUCUGGGAAGAAAUCCAGAUGUUCAGAAAUGUGUUGGUGAAAAUGUUUGAAGCUAAAGACUUGGACUGUGUGUUCCUAGAAACAAACAUGAGUAUGAAGAAACGGUAUCACAUGGUAUACGAAUGCAUUCCUCUUCCAAAAGAAGUAGGAGGUGUGGCUCCAAUCUACUUUAAGAAAGCUAUAAUGGAGUCUGAUGAAGAGUGGUCCGUGAACAAGAAGUUAAUUGAUCUUUCUUCAAAAGAUAUUCGUAAAUCUGUUCCUAAAGGAUUACCAUACUUUUCUGUGGACUUUGGCCUUCAAGGAGGAUUUGCUCACGUCAUUGAAGAUCAACACAAGUUCCCUCAUUACUUUGGAAAGGAAAUCAUUGGUGGCAUGUUGGACUUGGAACCACGGCUCUGGAGAAAAGGAAUCAGACAGAAUUUUGAGGAUCAGAGGAAGAAGGUGUUGCAGUUUGCACAGUGGUGGAAACCAUAUGACUUUACCAAAAAGAAAGAAUGAGUACAUCCCUGCAGUCAAGGACUAUAUAAGCCAUAAAUUAUAUUAAAGGAUAUUUCAUAUGUUAAGAAUAACACCAGUGUGUUAUGUAUUGCUAAUGUAUUUUAAAACCAAGGAUAUUGUUUAAUUGCUGAUUACCUGUUUCUGGUUUAGACACUGUGUGGAUCACGUGAACCUGCAAGCCUGACAAACCACAAAUGUAUGGUGUUUUUAGUUUUUCAUUUUUUAACUGAGCCAAAAGAAUAAUAUCCAUGUGGCUAUUUGAAUUCUUGAAAACGUAGCUUCUUCUUUUGGAGUUUUUAUAAUCUUUGAGGCAACUGGUUUUUUUUUUUUAUAUUGUAUUUAGCAUAGAGCCAGUGCUUAAUUAUCACAGUGACUUUUGUAGAAAAUGGUGUAAAUUUUAAGAACAUUUUGAUUAAUACAAAUACAU